UCGGAACUCUUAAAAAUGGCGGGUUUAUCAAAAAAUAAAUUUGAUGUUUACAAAUGUUCAGCAAAUGAAGCCAUACAUUUUAAACUUGUUAGAAAGGAAGAAGACCUGGAUGAUGAUACAUCAACAUUCCCUCCUGAGAUGACACAUCAGGUGUUUGGAGAGAAUGAAAGUAUUUUUGGAUACAAGGAUUUGGUGGUAGAGAUGUAUUAUACUGCUGCUAAAUUAACAACAUUCAUUAACCUACAGUACAUCACUAAAGUUUCACCAGAAUUACAUGAAGGACUACAGGCUGAUGAUGUCAUUGGUCAGUUACGAGAUGUGGUGCCUCCUGGAUUUCUGACCAGUAGAGAUGCAUUCAUUAGUUCAAUACCAAAGGAUGCUGACUUCAAACCAUUUGGAAAACUUUUGCACUCAUUCACUGUACACAAAGAUGGAAAGGAUCGACAGUUUGAGAUCUAUAAGACAGGGAUAGAGAGCCCAGGAUUUAGAGAGUACCACGAGAGACUACAAACUUUUAUUUUGUUCUUCAUUGAUGCUGCUUCCUUUAUUGAUGUGGACGAUGAACGAUGGCGAUUCUUCUUACUGUUUGAAAAAUACAUGUGUAAUGGAAAUCCAAUGUAUGCUAUAGCAGGUUACAUGACUGUAUAUAAUUACUAUGCCUACCCAGAGAAGUUACGUCCCAGAGUCAGUCAAGUGCUAAUCCUGCCGCCCUUCCAGAGGAUGGGUUUAUGUGCCGAGUUGUUACAGACCUUCUAUAACGACACUUAUAGGAGGAAGGAGGUGUUAGAUAUCACAGUUGAAGAUCCCUCGGAAAAUUUCCAGAGAGUCCGAGACUUUGUGGAUGUUAAGAACUGCCAGAGUCUUUCAUCUUUCCGACCAGAGAGACUCCUGAAAGGUUUCUCCGAGGAAAUGCAGAGAGAAGCCAGAGAGAAGUUCAAGCUUAACAAGAGACAAACUAGGAGAGUGUAUGAGAUUCUGAGGUUGAAGGCGACAGACACAAGUAACAAAGAACAAUACAAGGCAUACAGACUGGACAUGAAAAGGAGGCUGAAUGCACCAUUCCAGAAAAAUGGUCGUGAUUUUGACAAACUGAAGAAUGUUUUACGUCCAGACGAGUUUUCUGCCACUCUGAGCUCCAUCACUGAGGAACAAAGGCAUCAGUAUUUAGAGACAACAUUUCAGGAAAACGUGGAGAUGUAUAGGAAAGUUAUAGACCGACUGGCAACAUCAUAACCCAGUAUUGUCCUACACUGAUAGUCUCUGGCAAUGGAUGGUGCUCGUCUGGACUACCAAAUGACUAGGCAUUCUUUUGUUGUAAAUCAUCAGUACUGUUCUCAUUACUUUAUCUAGGGAUUAUUUUCCAGUCCAAUUGACUUGCAUGGUGAAGAAUUUUCCAUUUAGUUAAAUGUUUACGUCAAGGUUAGGAAUCUCAUUUAAAAGCUGGCUUUGCUGAAAAUGCAGAUUCAACAGAAUUUUUUUUCUGCUGGAAGAUACAUAUUAAGUUUCAUUUUGUUUAUCCAUAAUCAGCCAGCAGCAGUCAUUUCUCAUGUCACCAUUCUCAUGUUAACAAUUUAGGGGGAAAAUGUGUGUGAUUAUGUUCUCUUGUUACCCAUAUGCCAUCUUGUGUGAUAAAUCAUUAUUUUACUGCAAUAUCUAAAAAUGUCAACCCAGUCAGCUGAGUGUACAGAACUUCAUGUACAUUGUAUAUUGUGCUUUUCUUACUUUCCUCCUGUGAUCACAGAUUUUCAUUUUGUUUUAUACAUUAAUUGAUAAACAGACAAAAUAGUUUAUUUUCUUGCUAUGUUCUGCAUUAAAAAUAAUGUGAAAGAUUUUUCCCUCAAUAUUUAAAGAUGUUGAUUAUAUAUUUUUUUAUCUCCCCGUUUUUGAUGCAGUGUACGAGUGACGCUGACUAAGAAGUUUGAACACUUUCAUGAAGCAUGUUCUGGGUCCAUAUCUCGGAAUGAUUUGGAUAUUACAUUUUCUAGUCUCAUGUCAUAAAUAUCUAUUAUAUUUACAACCCUUUGCAAACAAAUUCUUGGUUACAUACAUGUGUAAGUAAUAUAUUAUGUUAAACUUUUUAUUUUCGUCUUCAAAACUAUGACUUGACCAUAAAUGACAUGGAAAGAAACAAGAAGACAUAUACAAGUAUUAAAUUUCAGAAGAUUUAACUGAAUCUACCUUCUUACAAUUCUCAACAGUCAAGUCUGACAUCUUCAGGACCUAUUAUAUUUGAAGUUUUGUUUCAACUAGUUAUAGCUUAUAUGAUCUCUUAAGGAAAAGAAAAUGAUUGUGGAUUUUCCUAUGACUAUUUAUAAUGGUGAGUUUUGUUGUACUGUUUGGAACAGGGUUAGUGCUUUAAUGUCAGUGAUGUUCACACACCAGUAUCAUAUUUAUUUAAUUCCUAAUAUUAUUUUCCUUGUAUGUGGAGAAGGAAGAGUGGAUGUCGGAUGAAAAUAAACUUGAAAGCAUUCA